GUUGGUCUCCAGGGGGCGACGCCACUGGUACUGCCUCACUGCGCAGGCGCCAGCCCUCCGCCCGCAUGCGCACCCGGUCCGGCGCGGCCUGAGGAGAUUUCAUUACACUCCCUCUGCAGCAGGCUCCAGUUUCUCCUCCUAUCUUCUCCAUUUUACUAGUCCCUGCAGGAUUUCGUUAGGGUAUUGUUUGGUGAAAGUAUCAUGGAAGUUCUGCGCCCACAGCUUGUAAGAAUUGGCGGACGGAUUUAUAGAAAAAAUCCCAUUCAAGAACAGACCUAUCAACAUGAAGAAGAAGAUGAAGACUUCUAUCAAGGCUUCGUGGAGUGUGCAGAGGAGCCCUGUGAUGCUUAUGAGGUGGUGCAGACCCAGCAAGGUUUCCGGUGUACCGUGAAGGCCCCCAGCUUGCUCUACAAGCAUAUAGUCGGAAAAAGAGGGGACACUAGGAAGAAACUAGAAGUGGAAACCAAAACUUCUAUUAGCAUUCCUAAGCCUGGACAAGAAGGAGAAAUUGUAAUCACUGGCCAGCAUCGAAGUGGUGUUAUUUCAGCUCGAACUCGGAUUGAUGUUCUUUUGCUCACUUUUAGAAGAAAGCAACCCUUCACUCAUUUCCUUGCCUUUUUCCUCAAUGAAGUUGAGGUUCAGGAGCGAUUCCUAAAGUUCCAGGAGGAAGUACUGGAGAAGUGCUCCAUGGAUCAUGGGGUUGACAGCACCAUUUUCCAGAAUCCCAAAAAGCUUCACCUAACCAUUGGGAUGUUGGUGCUUUUGAGUGAGCAAGAGAUCCAACAGACAUGUGAGAUGCUACAGCAGUGUAAAGAGGACUUCAUUGAUGACAUUUCUGGGGGCAAACCCUUAGAAGUAGAGAUGGCAGGGAUAGAAUACAUGAACGAUGAUCCUGGCAUGGUGGACGUUCUUUAUGCCAAAGUCCAUAUGAAAGAUGGCUCCAACAGGCUGCAAGAAUUAGUCGAUCGAGUGCUGGAACGCUUUCAGGCAUCUGGACUAAUAGUUAAAGAGUGGAAUAGUGUGAAACUCCAUGCGACGGUGAUGAACACUUUAUUCAGGAAGGACCCCAAUGCUGAAGGCAGGUACAAUCUCUAUACAGCUGAUGGCAAAUACAUCUUCAAGGAAAGAGAAUCAUUUGAUGGGCGAAACAUUUUAAAGCUCUUUGAGAACUUCUACUUUGGUACCCUGAAGCUCAAUUCAAUUCACAUCUCUCAGAGGUUCACGGUAGACAGCUUUGGAAACUACGCUUCCUGUGGGCAAAUUGACUUCUCCUGAGGUGGAUCUUGGGAAGUGCUAGAAGUUGAACAUCCUCACCGGGUACUGAGGGAAAAUACCUCUGUUUGAAUUACUGAAGAGGGACGGAAUAAUUUGGAUGGUGACUUUCCUGGGUGGCUCCACGCACAAACCAUGGUCUCUCAUGGUUGUCCCCAGUCCUCAAACUGUCUGUCAGCUAAAGUGGCUGCAGGCACAAGGUAGUGUAACCCGUGGCUUGUUCGUCUUUCAUAGGGUCUGCCUUUCUUUCUGAAGGUCUUCUCUGGAAUUGUACGUCUCAAGCCCAUUGGAGCUGAGAUUCACGUUAUUUCUUAUACACCUAUGGAUUUUCCUACAGCCAUUAAACUCUUUCAUAGUAGUACUUUAAAAGAGAAUUAAAGACCUGGUUUUGUUACUCUCUCCACCUAAAUCAAAUGUCUGCAGUUUUUAGAAGGUUUGAUUUUUACUUCCCUUUAGACCUAAA